GUGUUAAAUUCGAAUCUCUUUCGUGCUCCAACGGUCGAACACCAACUGCCCUGCUUCAUCCCCUGUGCCCCCAAAUCUCCUUUCUUCUCUUGGUUCGCGAUUUCUUCAAAUUUUCCAGAGUAUUCGCCUUCCAAUGGACGCGUCGUCUGCGGAUUUACCCUCCAGAGUCCGGGUGGUCGCGCGGGUCCGCCCUUUCCUCCCUCGCGAGGCGGCCGCGAGGCAGGGCGAGCCCGUCCCGUGCGUUUCCGUCCUCCAUCGAGCGAGCGCGCCCGAGGACGAAGUCACCGUCCAUCUCAAGGACCAGGCCACUAGUCGGAAUGAGUGCUACAAGUUGGACUCUUUCUUCGGCCAGGAGGACGACAAUGUGAGAGAGAUAUUCGACAGAGAAGUGAAGCCCCUGAUUGCUGGCGUUUUUCAUGGAUGCAAUGGUACGGUAUUCGCCUACGGCGCCACCGGCAGCGGUAAAACCUACGCGAUGCAGGGUACCGAUGAACUGCCGGGCCUGAUGCCAUUGGCCAUGUCCACAAUCCUGUCCAUGUGCGAGACCACGGGAAGCACUGCGGAGAUCUCAUACUACGAGGUCUACAUGGAGAGAUGCUACGACCUUUUGCAAGAGAAACCGAAGGAAAUCGUGAUUCUGGACGACAAGGAUGGGCAAAUCCACCUGAAGGGACUCUCGUGGGUCCAUGUGCGAUCAAUGUCCGAGUUUAGCGAGGUGUUUGCUAGUGGAAUCCAGAAGCGCAGAGUGGCACACACUGGUCUAAAUGACAUCUCCAGCAGGAGCCAUGGCGCGCUCGUUAUCGCUGUCACCACGCCUUGUGGUGCUGGUUCUGAUGCUGUAGUCACCGGAAAGUUGAACCUCAUAGAUCUAGCCGGGAAUGAAGAUAACAGGAGGACCUGCAAUGAGGGAAUCCGUAUGCAGGAGAGUGGCAAGAUAAACCAAUCGCUGUUCGCAUUGUCCAACGUGAUUUAUGCUCUGAACAACAACAAGCCUCGCGUGCCCUACCGAGAGAGCAAGCUGACUAGAAUACUGCAGGACUCUCUUGGUGGAACAAGCCGUGCCGUCAUGGUUGCUUGUUUGAAUCCUGGAGAGUACCAAGAAUCUGUUCAUACUGUGAGCUUGGCAGCUCGGUCACGCCACAUCACUAACUUCAUUCCUUCAGCUCAAAAGCAAGAGACUCCUAAGUUGAAAGUUGACAUGGAGGCAAAACUGCGUGCUUGGCUCGAAUCAAGAGGCAAAACGAAGAGCGCAAACCGAGUUGGAGCAUUGAAGACACCAGUUUCUGUCAAGAAAACUGCUGAGCGUCAUACUUCUGUUAAAACGAAGGGCGGCUCUAGACAGGGCAAUUCUGUCUCCCGAAGGAUCUUGCCAGUUCCCUCCAGAAAUUUAUUCAAAAAUGGGGAUUUGGAGGAAACGGAUGCGGAGAACCUGCAGUUCAUUCCUCAGCACACAGACUAUAAGGUGAAAGCUGCUCUCGAUGCUGUUACUUUGGAAUCAGGAAUGGACCUCGGAGGUGAGCCAUUGGAAAAGGAUGACGACCGCACGAGUGCCAAAACAUCAAUCGACUUCACUGAGUCAUACCGAGUCCCCCAUAUGAAAAGUGAAAGGCAGAGCCCACAAAGGAAAGUGCUCUCCCCAGUAGAGAGUGCCAAAACAUCAAUCGACUUCACCGAGUCAUGUCAAGUUACCGAUACGAAAAGUGAAAGGCAGAACCCGCUAAGAAUCGCGCUUUCCCCGGUAGAUGUAAAUGCCGGACAAAGGGCUAUGGUAACAUGCUCCGAGCCAUUCGAGCCACAGACCCCAGUAACAUCUUCCAAGAGCUGCUGCACAAGCAAGCACCAGAAUUUCGUCACUCCUCUUGAUAAAUUUAAUGAGUGCAGCUCUCACUUGAAGACCUGUCUUAUUAAAGAAUUCAUCGACGUCUUGAAUAUCGCCAGCAGAGAGGAGCUUCUUGAGCUUAAGGGCAUUGGACCGCAGAGAGCAGACUAUAUCCUUGAACUCAGAGACUCUAGUCCUCUGAAAUCGUUGGAUGACUUGGAAAAGAUCGGCCUCUCCUCUAAGCAGGUUCAUAACAUGUUUAGUAGAGUUGCAACAAUUGUUUUCGAGUGAUUUGGAAGACUGGCAACAGCCUGUUGUUGAGCGUUGCUGUUUGAAGUACUCAUACGUUGUCUCAUAGUCUUGUACCUGUCCUGGUUGAAACCUAUGGAUUAUGAGAUAGAAGGGAUGUAAUAUCACAAACUCAAUCCUAUUCUUUAACAUAUGAUCUCUCGUUGUUGCGCUCAUCCAUUACGCAGACCAUGUGUGCUGAUAAGCUUCUUCUUCUUUUUUUAA